GGUCAACGUUCACAACGUAUCAAACACUUACGGGUGUGGCGUUAUCAUGAAUGCACUGAUACAUGACACGGGUCAGGUCUAGAGACUCGUUUGAGUGAAUCAUGUGACCGCAUCAUCAUAUUCAUCUGGGUCUGAUCUGACAUUUUACUGUUUUAUGAUCAGAUGAGGGAUGGGAUGAUGAACUUUAGCACCGCUGGAGUUUAGACAGCAGAACUUCAUCUGCGGCUGCCAGACUGUGUGUUAUUGUAACCCAGAUUCAGGCUGUAGACGGGCCCCUCGGGGGGCGGGGCCUGCGGGGGGAGGAGUCAGAGGAGAUGACAUCACUAGAGCAGAUGGUCAUUCAGAAUGUGGAGUGAAUGAGACGAGACGCUGGGAUUGAGUUCAUAUGACUUCAGUGAGUUUAUCAGAGCCAUGAUCAGAGUUGUGUUUGUGAGAUGAUGGUCAAACUUCCGCACUAAGAUGUAGAAUCCAGACGAGGAGGAGGAAGAGAGACAGAAAGAGGAAGGAACUCCAACACACAAAGAAGAAGAAAAGAGAGAGAGAGAGAGAGCUGUUUCAACCUCUCCGGUCAUCCGUCAGAAAUCCCCACAGUGACCUUUGACCUCAGCCGCCGCACCAUGUGUCAUGUGAUCGUGACGUGCCGCUCGAUGCUGUGGACACUGCUCAGCAUCGUGGCCGCGUUCAGCGAGCUAAUCGCCUUCAUGAGCACCGACUGGCUGGUGGGAUUCCCGCGGACGCCGGACGCCGUGUUCUCUCCGCACGGGGCGACGGCGGCGGGCGAGGCGUACCGCCCCACGCUGGGCAUCUACGGCCGCUGCAUCCGGCUGCCCCACCUGCGGCGCGGCGUUCUGUGCGGGCCGUACGCCGUGCACUUCGGAGAGAUCGCCAGCGGGUUCUGGCAGGCCACCUCCAUCUUCCUGGCGGCCGGAAUUCUGCUGCUGUGCGCCGUGGCCUUCAUAUCCGUCUUCACCAUGUGCUUCCAGAGCAUCAUGAAGAAAAGCAUCUUCAAUGUGUGUGGACUCCUGCAGGCCAUCGCAGGUCUGUUCCUGAUUCUGGGUCUGAUGCUGUAUCCCGCUGGUUGGGGUUCUGAUAAGGUCCAGCUGUACUGCGGUCCAGACGCGUCUCCCUAUAAGCUGGGCCUGUGCUCCAUGGGUUGGGCGUUCUACACGGCGCUGGGCGGCACCGUCCUCACCUUCAUCUGCGCCGUGUUCUCCGCACAGGCCGAGAUCGCCACGUCCAGCGAUAAAGUGCAGGAGGAGAUCGAGGAGGGCAAGAGUCUGAUCUGUCUGCUGUGAGAGAGAGACGGGCCACGUCCGUCCUUCCCACAAUCCCCGUCAGCCUGUGGAGUUCCUGUUUUACUGUUUGUGUGUCUCUCAUAUUAGAUGAUCUGAUGUGUGUUCGUCUGAUGUAAAUAAAUGUGUAUAUAAUGUAAAUAUCAUUCUGAAGGAUUGUGGGUUCCAGUCGCCCAGAAACCACUGCGCCGCGGCGCUCGAUCUCGUCCGUUUGUGAACACUGAAUCGUG